AUGUCCCGGCGCGGGCGGCGGAGGCGGGGCCAGGGCGGCGGCGGCAACCGGGCAGCGCCGACACCCGCGAGCCGCUCGGUACCGGCGGGAGGAGGCGAAGGGGGCGGCCGGGAGCCCGCGCGGGGCGCGCUGGGAGCCGUAGUCCGGGCGUGCGCAGUGGCGGGAGCGGGGGCCGCCGGGAGCGAGGCGGGGCCGGGCGGGGCGGCGGCACGUCGGGCGGAGCGGAGCGGAGCGGAGCGGAGGCACGGCAUGGCGGCCAACACCGGCAACAGCGGCGGGACGGCGGCGACAGCGACGACGCCACCCGGGGAGCCGGCGCACGCGGUGUCGCUGCUGCGGGGCCUGAGCGCGCUGCGAGCGGAGCGGAGCCUGCUCGACGUGACGGUGGUGGCGGGCGGGCGGGAGUUCGGUGCUCACCGCGCCGUCCUGGCCGCCGCCUCGGGCUAUUUCCGCGCCAUGUUCGGCGGGGCGCUGCGGGAGGCGCGGGCCGAGCGCGUGCGGCUGCACGGCGUGGAGCCUGAGUGCCUGGCACGCCUGCUCGACUUCGCCUACACGGGCCGCGUGGGGCGGCUGGGCCCCGACAUCGCCGAGCGCCUGCUGCGCGCCGCCGACCUGCUGCAGUUCCCCACCGUCAAGGAGGCCUGCGGCGCGUGGCUGGCGCGGCAACUGGAGCCCGCCAACGCCUUGGACAUGCAGGACUUCGCCGAAGCCUUCGCCUGCCCGGCACUGGCAGCCGCGGCGCACCGCUUCGUGCUGCGGCACGUAGGGGAGCUGGGCGCGCAGCUGGAGCGGCUGCCGCUGCCGCGGUUGCUGUCCUACCUGCGGGACGACGGGCUCUGCGUCCCCAAGGAGGAGGCUGCGUUCCAGCUAGCGCUGCGCUGGGUACGCGCGGACCCGGCCGCCCGCGCCCCGCUGCUGCCCCAGCUCCUGGCACACGUGCGCCUGCCCUUCGUGCGCCGCUUCUACCUGCUGGCGCACGUGGAGGGCGAGCCGCUGGUGGCGCGCUGCCCGCCCUGCCUGCGCCUCCUGCAAGAGGCGCGCGACUUCCAGGCCGCCCGCCUCGACCGGCACGACCACGGCCCCUGCGCCCGCAUGCGCCCGCGGCCCUCCACCGGCCUCGCCGAGAUCCUCGUCCUCGUCGGUGGCUGCGACCGCGACUGCGACGAGCUCGUCACCGUCGACUGCUACAACCCGCGCACCGGACACUGGCGCUACCUGGCUGAGUUCCCCGAGAACCUUGGAGGGGGCUACAGCGUCGCCGCGCUGGGCAAUGACAUCUACGUCACCGGGGGAUCCGAUGGCUCCAGGCUGUACGACUGCGUGUGGAGGUACAACUCCAGCGUGAAUGAGUGGACAGAGGUGUCUCCCAUGCUGAAGGCCAGGGAAUACCACAGCUCCACGGUGCUGGACGGGCUGCUGUACGUGAUCGCCUCGGACAGCACGGAGCGCUACGACCACGCGCUGGAUAGCUGGGAGGCCCUGCAGCCCAUGCUGUACCCCAUGGACAACUGCUCCACCACCUCCUGCCGUGGUAAGCUGUUCGCCAUCGGCUCCCUGGCUGGCAAAGAGUCCAUGGUGAUGCAGUGCUACGACCCCGACAGCGAUCUCUGGACCCUCGUGAACUGCGGCCAUCUGCCCCCCUGGUCCUUCGCCCCAAAGACCGUCACCCUCAAUGGCCUCAUGUACUUCAUAAGAGACGACUCGGCUGAGGUGGAUGUUUACAAUCCAGCAAAGAACGAAUGGGAUAAAAUCCCUGCCAUGCUUCAGGUCCACGUUGGCGGCAGCGUGGCCGUGCUCGGCGGGAAGCUCUAUGUCUCCGGUGGCUACGACAACACCUUUGAGCUCUCGGAUGUCCUGGAAGCCUACGACCCCGAGACACGAACGUGGAGCGUGGUGGGCCGGCUCCCCGAGCCCAUCUUCUGGCACGGCAGCGUCAGCAUAUUCCGGCAGUUCAUGCCGGAAACCACGCAGGAGGAUGAUGGCAUCACGCUGGACAACACCAUCAACUUGAACAGGCAGCGCCAGAACCUUCACAACCAGAACCUGAACGAGCUGCGUUAGCAGAGGACGGCGGCUCCAGGCGAGUUCCUUGUCCAGAACCCGUGUUGCUUCGAGAGGCAAAACGGUGCUGGGAGACAAACCCGAACUGAGCAUAGAGGGAGUGAAAGCUCUGAAUGUGUGAUGUGCUGCUCGGCCCUUCCCCUGGAGGGAGGAGGCACCGGCUGCCCGCAUUGACCCGAGAGCUGAACUCAAGCAAAGCAAUCGUGUUGAACGGCAUCGUCGCUCAUGGCUUUUGGUCAGACACCUUUCACUGGGAGCUCCUGCUUCGUUUGCCACCAAACUUCUCUCUUCAGUUUCUUUUUGGGGAGGGGUCUGUCUGGUAGGACAGUGAUCUGGGCCCCCACCUCUGUUCUGUGCCUCGGAGGAGGACAGACUCCCUGUGCAUGUCUUCCUCUGCGUGGUUAGAGGGGGGAAAGGUCUUUUCUUGAGGAGCUGGAGGUCUGUCAGGGUGAGAGGUUGGUGUGAGAACGUGGCGCUUCCUCCCCUGUGGCCGUGGUCCUGGAUUCCUGUUCAUUCCUUCAGGAAGAACGGGUGCCCCAUGGCAGGGACCUCGCUGUGGCUGGGUUAUGAAGCUUCAUCCUCCCUCGGAACUUCAGUUCUUCCUGUAUUUUGGUGGGGUUUAAGUUGGAGCAUUCAAACUCCUGCAGGUCUCUGUUUUCCAGCCCUCCCUAGCAACGCGCUUUUUCCCCUCUCAGCAGAAGCAAACACCCUUAUUUAUCUUUUCAUCCCGUUCUGGCAACCUGAUUGUUUCAUUUCCAGUCCCCAGCUGUGCCCUCCCUAAGGGGAAGGGGAGAAGCGAGUCCCGCUCUUACCCAGCCCGAGGGGCCAGUGGCUGCUGCCUGCGGGAGGAGCCGAUCCCCCUUCCCGGUGUGCCGGGGCUGAAUUGGGGCCCGAAAACCGCUGUUUGCUGCUGGUUCUCCUGUGCCGAGCUCUCUGCAGCGCGCUGGGAUGGGCUCCAUGUAGCAAGGGUGAGCUCUGAGUUCUUCACCACCUUAAAGGAGCCGAGGUGGGGAACAGGCUUGAAGAUGAUGCAGAAUCACUUUCAAAUCCAUCCCCUUGUGUGAAUGAACCCACUGGACCUUCAAAGAGGUCUCGUGCCUGUUGCGCCUCCGGUUUGCAGCUCUCGGGAUGUGGGCGAUUGGAAGAUGCCACUGAGGUGUCUCAGCAGAGGUGCAGGAAGUGCCUGGAGUGCUGUGGAUUGAGCAGUAGUUGCUUUAGGGUAGUUUUUAGGUUUUUCCCUCUUUUUGUUUGGGGUUUGCUGGGUUUUUUUGGCCUAAGAUUUGCCUUUAUCCCUGCCCAAGGGACGUAGCGAGCUUGGGCUGGGUUCCUCCAUCUACCUUAGCUGAAGAGAAGCUGCGUGCAGUUUACUCAUGGAAUGUUUGUGAACAAGCCAAGAGCCAAAGGCCGCGGCUCAUCCUUUGGGAAGGCCGUGGUGGGAUGGGGCUGGAGGCGGCCGCUGUUUCCCUCUUGUGCUUUCAACCAACAGGGAAAACAUUUGCAUUUAAACUUCAUUCGGAGAUGGAAAGCGCCAGGGCCCCGUCUCCACAGCAUCAGCGGCUUCACAGCUUUAAAACGUAUCUGGUUUGCCUUGAACGCGGUUUCAUGCCUCAUGCAAUGCUCCUUGGCUGCGGAGCCGGGAAUGCCGCUGGUGAAUCCCGGCUGUUCUCCGUGUCUGGAACUUUGACAGUGCCUUGAAGCUGGGUUGUGCCACAGCAGCCUCUUGGAUCGAAACCCUCCGGGCUGGGGUGUAGGGUCUUGGGGCAGCUCCUCCUUUGUGGCCGUGUCCCCGCGGCACCACGCGGAGCCCGUGCAGAGGCUGCGCAGCUGAACUCGCGUUGCAGCCCCAAGUAUUUAUGCCAGACUAUAAAUAGAAGGCACUCUGUCUCGUGCUGCAGUGCUCGCUGCUGGACCUGCCUCCCCCCAUUCCCCAACAGGCUCAACAGUUACGGAUCUGUAUUUAUUUUUUGGGAAAACCCAUUGUGUCCGGAUCUUGGAGUGCAGUUGAAACACCGUCCUUUGAAACAAAGGCGUCUACCUUACA